UAUAAAAAAAUGUAUUUUAAUUAUUAGACUCUAAAAUUAUUUAUAAAUACGUGGAUAAUUUUAUUGACGGCUGGGAAAGUUACCAUUUAAUUUAAGAAGUGAAGGGAAUGGGACAGUGACUUUGGAGUCACCGAUCAUCUGUUAUUUGUUUGUCUACGUCGUUAUUAUUAAACAAACCAUAAUAUUUUAUAAAAUUGACAACUAUUGGGAGUAAUAACCAACGACAAUAAAAGAACUUGAUGAAUUCGCUAUGAGUUUUAAGAUAUUUAAAAAAUAUAUAGUCAUCUAACAAGAGGCAUGGAUCAGUAUCAUGAUAUGAAUGAUAAUAUUAAUAUAAGUGAUGUCAUUGAAGUGAUUCAAACAACGGAUCCAGAAUUUGUCGAGGAGGCUAGAUGUCGAAAUCAACAUCAACAGCAACAUCAACAAAAAACUUUGAAUAUGUUAUCUGGUGGUGGAGUAGAGACGGUAAAACCAGUUCUUGCUGGUAACACAUCAAACAGGGUUGGAUCAUAUGUUGAAAUAGUAGAACAACCCGCAAGUAAGGCCCUUCGAUUUCGAUAUGAAUGUGAAGGUCGAUCUGCUGGAAGUAUACCAGGUGUUAACAGUAUACCUGAAAAUAAAACAUUUCCUAGUAUAAAAAUAGUGGGAUAUAAAGGACGAGCAGUUGUCGUAGUAUCAUGUGUAACGAAAGAUCCACCGUACAGGCCUCAUCCACACAAUUUAGUUGGUAAAGAAGCAUGCCGACGUGGUGUUUGUACCCUGGAGAUAUCUUCGGAAAAUAUGACUGUGACUUUUGCAAACUUGGGGAUUCAAUGUGUCAAGAAGAAAGACAUUGAAGAAGCAUUGAGAAUCCGGGAAGAAAUUCGUGUUGAUCCUUUUAGAACUGGUUUCAGUCAUAAAAGACAACCCGCAAGUAUUGAUUUAAAUGCAGUUAGAUUAUGCUUUCAAGUAUUUCUUGAAGGAACUGAGCCAGGAAAGUUCACCGUGCCACUGACUCCGGUCGUAUCAGAUCCUAUUUAUGAUAAAAAGGCAAUGUCUGAUUUAGUAAUAUGCAAACUAAGUCACUACAGUGCGCCAGUAGCGGGUGGUAUGGAGAUGCUAUUGUUGUGUGAAAAGGUCGCUAAAGAAGAUAUUCAAAUACGGUUCACUGAAGAACGUGAUGGUCAGAUUGUUUGGGAAGGAUUUGGUGAUUUUCAACCAUCACAUGUUCACAAGCAGGUAGCGAUAUCAUUCAGAACACCGACAUAUCGCAUCCAACAAGUAGAACAUCCAGUACAAGUUUACAUCCAGCUAAGAAGGCCCUCAGACAGCGCAACUAGUGAAGCAUUACCGUUUCAAUUUUUACCACUUGGUGCAGGUAGGCCCGCGUUUUGGUCUCUAAGAAAAAUUUUAGAUAAAAAAAAAGCCGAUCCCGAGGUAUUUAAUAAAAUAAUUGCCACCGAUACGUCCAUAUUUGGUGGCGUUAAUCAACGAUUACCAAGAAAUUUAGACGAAUUUAAUAAUAACUCAAACAAUAAUAAUAGUAACUUUGAUUUAGCAAUAUCACACGGUAAAAUAUCAGCACUGCGUGCUCUAAAUGAGCUUUACAAUAAAAAUACCAUUGAUCGAAAUUCAAAUAAAAAUAAUAUUGAUAAAAAAUUAAAUAAUAAUUUUCAACAAUCGUCAAUUAAUUCUCCGUCUAUAAAUAGUGAUAUAGGUAUUGAAAAUAUACAAAUAAUUAACAAUUCUCAAGAUAAAUAUUUAAAUGACGAUAAAAUUCCAUUUGUGAAUGAAUCAAUGGAUACCAAGAAAAAAAGCUAUAUUCAAAAUGAAAAUACAAAUAAUCCGGGCAUUGAAUUGUUGCCAAAAAAUAAAACUGAUUGGUUUGACUACUCGGAAGUUGGCAAGUGGGUCCAGCGAAGUAAAGAGGAAUCUUUGAAUACCGAACCUACAAUCAAUCUUAAUAAUAAUAACAAUAAUUUGAAUAGCUCAGCUAAUGACGAUGAAGCAAAAUCAUUAAAUGAAUUAAUAACACAGGUCGCGGAGCUCGACGAGAUCUACGCUGACACGCAUACUAAAAUAAUCCAAAAUAGUUUACUAGCUCAGUCAAAUACAAUCAACGAUGAUAAAUAUCAGCAAACAUUAAUGGAUAUCGAUAAUUGCGAUAACCAGACGUACACCAGCCUGCAGUUGGCUAUGAAAAACCCAAUAGAUAUCCAAUCAUUUGAUGGGAUCGAUGGAGAUAAAGAAGACGAUCGCAAGUAUGAAGACGUUGCUAUACCAAGUCGCGAAGCAAGUCUGCCUCCAGGUCAGCCACCGCCCUUACCGCCUUCCUCGUCAUUAUUGAUCACCAAGAGGGAUGUUGGGCACACUUACGACGGAAAAAUACCACCUUUGCCGCCGAAACGCUUGCGAAAAAUGACAACUUCGAUGCCGACGUUACCGCGUUCAUCUUCGCAGUGCGCGCAGAUGUCGAUGAUUGACAGCGCGCCUAACAAAAAUUUACCGUCACUACCUAACACUCUUACCAAGUCCAAGCAAAGUUUAUUCGCAAAAUUGUUCAAUAAAAAACACACCAGCAGCAAUAAUAAAAAGGAUAUUACGCACAAUACCAAAGACUUGGAGUUGGUGCGUAAUAAUUUGAUCAGUAAUGACGAUCAAAGUUGCUUUUGUGAGCAAGAUGACAGUAUUUCAAUGUCAAUAAGAGACAGUAUUCAAGAUAUUGCGGGAAAAACGUCAGAUUUACCGCGACCUAGUGUCGCCAGUGUAACAGCUGUUAAAUCAUUUGAUAUUGAUGGCGAUGAAUCUCCGCCUUAUGGAAUCGAAUUGACUGAAGCUGAGCACUAUGCUCUUUACACCGCUAUGGCACCACAUGCUACCGCUUCCGAGUUUGAUGAAUUGUCAUUUUAUUACAGCCCUGUUGAGGGUGGAAAAAUUUUAACUGAUACCAAAGAAACGUAAUACUGUUUUUUUAUAAUCAUAAUCAGUUUGUUUUUUAAAAGUUGAGUUAUUUUUGGAGCUCAAACUUUAUAUGCUCAAUAAUUGAAAAAAAAAAUUACAGCUAUUUUUAUGCUUACUUAAUAAUUAGGACUGGUGGGGUAAAACGUCGUAUUAAAUACUUAUUUAUUUAGAUUUUUUUAUUAUGCACUAAGAUAUAAAUAUAGAUAUAAAAUA